GACAUGAUAAAACUGUUAAUAAAUGUUUAGAUGCAUAUCGAGCCAUGACACAUUUUGCUAAAGAAUGCGGAACUGAAUUUCCUAAUACAUUAACUAGCACUACACUCAGGAAACAUAUUGCUACUAUGGGAAUUACUCUUAAUUUAACGGAUACUCAGAUUACAGAUCUAGCUAAUUUUAUGGGCCAUCAUGAAAAAAUACACAAGGAAAUAUAUAGAAAACCAGUAGUGGUUAAAGAUAUUACAGAAGUUUCACAACUUCUAGAAGCUGCACAAGGCAUUAGAGAUUCAGCGAAUAAUUUAAUUGAAGAAAGCGACAGUGAGAUUGAAUAUGAAAAUAAAGACAGCACAAAUGAUGAAAUAUUUGAAGAAACUAAUUCUUUGCAACAAUCGAGCGACAAUUCAGUGUCAACGCCAGUAUAUAAAAAACGUACAAAAACGGAAAUGACAGCGAUACAGAAAAAACGCAGAUCAAAAGGUAAGAAUGAAUGUAUAUUCAAUCAAUCAGUUGAUAAUGUUGUUUGAUACCCAGAUAACCAAACCUGCAAAAGCAGAAUCCCACAGCAAAUCCAUAGCCUACUGUGUCCGCAUUAAGCUCGUGUUCUGUGGGCAGAGACUGCAUUCGACUGAUCUACUCUUUUUCUGCCGCCAAUAUGCUCUCAGAUUUUGUCCAGCAGAUUCUGUACAAAACACAAGUUUAAUGCGGACACAGUAGGCUAUAGAUUUGCUGUGUGGGAUUCUGCUCUUGCAGAUUUGGUUAUCUGUAUAUUGAAUAAUUAUAAAGAAAAAGAUAUUAUAUAUAUGUAUUGUAGAAGUGUGUUUUACUUUUACAUACGCAGACGCAUUUGCGGUCCCUAUUAAGCGAAUAAAUUGGACACAAGAGGAGAAGACAGCUGUAUUAGAAGCAUUUAAAAAACAAGUACAAACUGAUACACUUAUAACUGGAAAAGAAAUGCAGAAUCUUAUAUCUUCUACACCAUGUUUGUCUAAACGAACAGUUCCUCAAAUGA